AUGCCUAACUUGCUGCAGUCAUUGGAUACUAAUGCCCUUCGUCGACUAGCGGCCACACUAGCUCUACCCAGUGCUGGUACCAAGGCAUCCCUCCUGAAGUCUAUUCGGACGGAGUUCAGUGGUCGUCAGCGGACCCUCCACCGAUCGGUCCUUGACAUGUCUAUGGUUCUGAAGGCCCUCAGGGAGUCUGCCUAUGUCCGACUCACAGUAGUGACAGUAAGGCUCUUAGCUGUCAUCACCGCCCUAUUGGAAGUAUUAGGUGGAGAUAUGCAGGGCCCAUCGAGUGCUACCUUCCAAUUGGCCACCAUGCCCAAGGCUCUCGUCCUGGCCCAGGCAGGUAAAUUACGAUGCGCCUUUCCGGGGGCCUCCCUAUCUACGAUGCCGUGGUUGCUCGAUCGUGAGGAGUAUGAGCUCAUUCAAGUAGGGGUAUACGGUGCUUAUCUGUGGCAGCUCGGGGCCCAGGGUGCUCCCAAAUUAGCAGACCUCGGACGGCUUGUUAUGCAGUACAUAGACGCCCGCCUUGAUGAUGUGAAGCAACGUUUGGAUCGGCUAGAGAGGUGGCAAGCUAGCUUGACGUGCUGGUGGCAGCUGGUUAGUGUUGUAUGGCAUAGUGUAUGGGCCUUGGAGAGAGGUAAGGAGUGGGAGCAAGCAGUUAUAACUCUACAGUGGCUUAUUCGUAUCCUACCUUCACAGCUACAGAGUCCUAGCAGGAAGGCUAAGUACCUGCAUAGGCUACGUAUUGAUUUGAGUCAUCUUG